AGAAAACAAAAACUCGCAGAAAAGGCGGAUUUUUUUUAUUUAUUUGCAAAAAUUUGUUUUAUUAUUAAAUGGAAACGAAUUAAAUCUUUUGUUUAAUUGUGAAUAAUAACUAAGAAACUCCUUGUUGUGGAAAACAAUAUAAAUACAACAACAAAUGUUUUAAAGGCGAAAUUAUCAAACGCAAUGAAAAUACUCUGUGAAACACAAGUACUAAAUCGUCUGACACAGACGAACAAGGCGCCUCGUAUGGUUAAAGCCACCUUGGCGGUGGGUUUCAAUACCUCCGCCAAGGACAGUAAUGGUGAAUGUAAAAAAGACCUGGAAAUUAUACAUUUUACUCCACAGGAGAAGACGGGUAAACGAUAUAAAGUAAAAAACAAUAUCGAGAAAAUGUUUACGAAAUUUCUCAAAGAUGGCAAAGCUACUAUUAGUUUUAUACAGCCGGCGGAGAAUUUAAUGAUUAAGUGUGAUCCCAUACAGUUGAAGGGUUUUCUGCAGACCUUAAAAUUGGGUUUGGAGGGCAAAGAUUCGAUAAAUUUGAGAAUGAAUAUAGCGGCUGCCACCGCGAUACCACUGAAGUCUCAGCCGCAAACCAAACUGUCGGUUUUAAAUAGGGGAGAUUAUCCGACAAAGGGUUUUCCUAGGACUUUAAAGUCCCUGACUAUUUCGGGCAUACAAUUGUGUAAGGUGACCUUUGAAAUAUGUUCAUUAAGAAAUUUGACCAUGCUGAAUUUAAGUUUUAAUACUAUAGAAAAGAUUCCCGACGAAAUGGGUAGAUUACAAUUGACUGAAUUACAUUUGCACAAUAAUAAUCUGGGUGAUAAAAAUUGCUGGCAAUGGUUGCAGGGUAGAAAUCUGCAAGAAUCCUUAAGAGAGCUAGAUCUCUCUGCCAAUAAAUUGGAAUAUUUUCCACCGGUUUUAAUUAAAUUAGAAAAACUGGUGACUUUAAAAAUCAACAACAAUCUCCUGAAACGCAUACCCUUUGGAGUAAGGCGCAUGCGCAGCUUAAGGUAUCUGCAUAUGUCUUCGAAUCAAUUGGAAUCGCUGCCGGCAGCAUUUAACAACAAUCGCUUAGAAAUGUUAGAUGUGUGGGGCAAUAAUUUCCAGCCUCAAAAAGAAUACGAUUUGGAUAAUAAACUAGCAAAUCCCACCUGCUCAUCAGUACAAAGUCUAAACACAGCCUCGCCCUUAUGGCUGUUGGCCUCACGUUCCGUGUGUCAACAUAAAUUGCCUUAUUCAUCGGCCACUUUGCCUUGGAUUUUAGUUGAUAUACUAUCGGAGGCGCCCAAAUGUGCCUGUGGUAAAUUGUGUUACGGAGAUGCGGUGUUGGAACGUGCUGCCAUGGCCACUUUUGAAAAUGUCAAGAAUCUAGUGUUCAGUCGAGAUCGUUUGAUCUAUGCCGAUAUUGUUUUAUGUGGUGCACAGUGUGGGGGUCGAAAACAAAUCGUGGCUUCAUAGUCUUAGUUUUAAUCACAUUUUUAUUUCACAAAACAGAAACAACCAUUGUUUUAGUUAUUGUUUUAUUUAAUCAUCAAUUUCAAUUAUUUAAUCAUUCUUUUAAUUUAAUCAUUAUAAUUUCUAGUUUUUAUAUGAAGUGUAAUUCGUUUUUUAGUUUUUUAAAUAAUAGGAAUUUGCUUUUAAAUUUGAGAUAUUGAAUAAACUGAAAAUACACGUAUUCAUAAACAAAAUGUAAAUUAAAA